UGAUAAUAAGCCUCUUUUUUUCCAUUAAGCUGUACAAGGAAGUGUGGAGCAUGGGACCCAGAGUAAAUUAUCUCUCAUAUAUGAACACAAUCUACAAAGGCAUGCAUUUUCCCUUACCAUUGGACGUUUUGGUGGGAUUCAAGGAAAAGACAUGAUAUGCAUUUACUGCUUAGAUGGGACUCUUUGUUUUUUUGAACAAGAAAGAUUUUCAUUCAGUCGAUAUCUUCCUAAUAGUUUAUUACCCGGACCAACCAGUUACAUACUCAAAACAGAUUCUUUUAUUACAGUAAAUGGAUUUUCUGUUGAAAGUUACAGAUUCCAGGCAUUAGCUUCUGCAACAGAUGACUCAAAUGAAAAUGAGUCCUCUGGAUUCAAAGGAAAAAAAGUCAAACCUGAAUGGACCUAUGUUUUGGAAGAUACUGCAUUAGACAUUGCUGUAGUUGAAGACAAGGCAUCUUCUUGUCUGUUAAUUUUAGGUAAUUCAUUGUUUACUUUCAUAUAAAAGCUAUGUUUUUAAAUUUUAAAGCCUUGGUAAAGCAGU